UCCGCCCUCUCACGACCACGUACGCUCCGGGAGGUGACUUCGUAGUAAUAUAACUCCUGUGUCUCUCGUUCUCUCAUCCUCGAACCCUUCCGAACUCCCCGCUCUCGCUUCCUUCGACUUUCGCUUCUUUCCUAUAUAGAUAUGGUGGGCCGCCUGUUCCUGUGAGGUCUGCGUCUACUCCGACGGUCUCCACUACAAUUCUACUACUCCUCACCAUGGCACAUUGGUCGUUGGCCUGGACGGCCAAUGUCCCGUCGACAUCGCGACUCUUUCAUCUCCUCCUGAUUACCCUCGUUCUUUCGCUUUCCGUCCGUGCCGACGAUGACACCACUCUGAUACCUACCGCCGCAUCGGAUAGCUUCCCUUCGUGCGCUUUGAGCUGCUCCAUCCUCCAACAAGCGCAGACGGGCUGUGUACCUCCGACGGCCCAAAAAACCGACCGCUCGACCUAUGUCUCUUGCUUUUGCCAAUCGUCAUUGAUCACCCAGCUGCAUAACUCCGCGGACGGGACAUGCUCCGACACCUGCACCAACGCAGACGACCGCAAGAAAUUACAGACAUGGUAUAGCGACUUUUGCGCGUCUGGAGGCCAAAACAAGGGUACUGCUGCAUCAGAAAGCACUGCCGCGGCGUCAACGUCAACGUCAACGUCCACGUCUACCACCAAAUCACAAAAUUCCUAUCCCGCCCCUAAAUCCUGGUGGUCGACACAUUACCAAUGGGUUAUCAUGGUAAUUGUCCUGGCCGUUGGAUUCACGGCAAUCGCGGUCGUGGGCGUGUGGCUUAAGCGCCGCCACGACGCGAAAUACCCCAACCUCUACCACGCGGGCAGUGGCAGCAACAGCGGUAGUAACAGCGGGCUCCUCUAUAGCCGCGGGCAAAACGCCAGUCCUGGUCCAAAACAGCCGGGCCAGUUCAUGCCGGCUCCAAGCCCCAUCAACCAUGAUGAAUAUGCUAACACAGAUUCCGUGGCCAGCAGCUCUCGCACCGAAGUUGCCGUUCCUGGACCUCGUCCAUCACGUCCUCAAAGGACCCCGCCUCCGCGGACGUAG